AUUUUGGAGAGAUGACCGUCACAUACUCCAGUAAAGUUGCAAAUGCUACCUUCUUUGGGUUCCACAGGCUACUUCUCAAAUGGAAAGGAAGCAUCUACAAACUGCUUUACCGAGAAUUUAUUCUCUUUGCCUGUCUUUACACAGCGAUAAGUAUAUUGUAUAGAUUUUUCCUUUCAGGAACCCAGAAACGGUACUUUGAGAAAUUGUCCAUUUACUGUGACAAAUAUGCAGAACAAAUUCCAGUCACUUUUGUUUUGGGGUUUUAUGUUACUUUGGUGGUGAACCGCUGGUGGAACCAAUUUGUAAAUCUGCCAUGGCCAGACAGAAUUAUGUUCUUGAUCUCCAGCACUGUUCAGGGAAGAGAUGAGUAUGGCCGAUUACUCAGGAGAACUCUAAUGCGUUAUGUGAAUUUAACAUCUCUCCUCAUCUUUCGAUCAGUGAGCACAGCUGUCUACAAAAGAUUUCCAACUUUAGAACAUGUGGUAGAAGGAGGUUUUAUGACAGCUGAGGAAAAGAUAAUAUUUGAUGAUCUUAAAUCACCUCAUCUUAAAUAUUGGAUCCCUUUUGUUUGGUUUGGAAAUUUGGCAGCCAAAGCAAGACAAAAUGGAAGAAUCAAAGAUAGUGUGGACUUGCAAACAUUGAUGAAUGAGAUGAAUCGGUAUCGAUCAUGGUGUAGCCUACUAUUUGGUUAUGACUGGGUUGGAAUUCCUCUCGUGUACACACAGGUUGUCACCCUGGCUGUUUAUACCUUCUUCUUCACAUGCCUUAUAGGGCGUCAGUUUUUGGAUCCUGACCAAAGCAUCCCAGGUCAUGAUUUAGAUCUUUACAUUCCUAUCUUCACAUUGUUACAGUUUUUCUUCUAUGCAGGAUGGCUUAAGGUUGCUGAGCAACUUAUCAACCCAUUUGGUGAAGAUGAUGAUGAUUUUGAAACAAAUUGGUGCAUAGAUAGGAAUCUCCAGGUUUCUCUGUUGGCUGUUGAUGAAAUGCAUAUGAAUUUACCAAGAAUGAAAAAAGAUAUUUACUGGAAUGAUUCUUCAGCUCGUCCACCAUAUACAUUAGCAGCUGCAGAUUCCUGCAUUCCAUCUUUCCUUGGAUCAACUAUUGAAAUGGGCUUGGCAGACAGUCAGUUCUUCCAUGCAGAAAAUUGGCUCCGGGAUGAUGAUAAACCUAGAAGGCAGCAUUCAGUGCUGCGAAGAGUGAAGCGCUUUCUGAGCGUCCGAGAAGUCUCCCCUUCGCCCAGCAGGAGGACCUACCAACGACAGUCCAGUGAAAGCUCAAUUUUUUUCCCAUCACAUGAAAUGCAUCAUAUUGAUAAUCUUCUGGAAAUGCACUCUAGAGGGAGACACUUCCCUUUAAAUGACAGGAAAACUCUUAACUGGUCCGAUAAGAAUGGAAAAAUGCAUGGAAGUACGGAUCUUAGAGUUAUUCGAGAAAGCAGCAAGAAUGAUACUCUAGAGACUUCCUAUCAAUCCAAAGUGGAUGAGAGAAUUAGCAAAAUAGACUCACCAACUGUCAAAACUGAGAGCAAAGAAACCAGAGUGGACUCAGACAUGUAUAAGGUCUCCCAUGUCAUGACAGGAAAAGAUUUGGGCAAUCAAAGUGAGUUAGAGACAGAUUCUGAAGGAAUUGUGCUGACCCAUUGUGGAACACUCAAUGGUAAUGCAGAUUUGUUAGUAACACCUUCAGAAACAGAACCUCUUCAUAUGAAAUGCAAGCAACAGGAUUCAUCUUUGGGUAUGCCGAAAGGAACUAAAUCACCCUCAUCUCAAACAUCAAAUGUCAAUAUGGCAGAUAAUCAAAGAUGGAGAUUUCCAGAUGUUCUUGCUCAACAUGAAGUGCUCAAUACCAAAGAAUUGCCAAGUUCCUCUGGAAAAAGCAACUUAAGUCCAGAUAGCACACCUACAUCUAGUCCUAUUUCUCCAAAUACAUUUGACAUAUGUUACUUACUAGAGCAACCAGAUACUAAAGAAAUCAAUAUUCUUCAUAUAGCUGAAUUUAACAAUGACUCCACUAAAGAUCACCUUUGACAAAUAGAGUGCUAUGGACUCAUAGUUUUGUUAUAAAAUUCUGGCAUACAGAAUGUUAAUUUCCCUUGGAGAAACAAAGCUUUGCAGCCUGCAUAAUGUCUAACCUACUGUGUAUUUUCAGUACGUUGAUAAAAACAAUUUUAAAAUGUUUGAACCUACCUUUAUUUUUUAGACAGAUAUAAAUGCAAAUUAAAUAAGAUUAAGAAACAGUGAAGGGAAUAUCAAAAGGAGUAGGAGAGAGAGAGAGGAUAAUCAAACUUUAAGAAAGUGGCAUUCUAUCUCUUUGUAACAGCCUAAUUCAUUUGUCAGUAAAUUCUGAGUAUUUAACAGUGAAGAUUAUCUCUAAAACUCAUCCCUGGCUGAUGUUGCUUAAAUAAAGGAAAACUUUU